GCGACGUGAAGAUAGUGGAACAAUGAAACGCUCAAAAAAGUGUGAUAAACUGACUAAAAUUAAACACAAGCUGAUAAAGAAGAACAAAUAUGAACACCGGACUGCAGGCGGCAGCUGGGAGGAGCCGGUUAACUCUGUGCGGAACACCCCACUCAGGCGCUCGCAGAGACUGAACUCCACCCUGGACCAUAGGAGCACUGGACAACUGCGCAACACGCUAAGCCGUGCGCGGGAGUUAUGCGAGCGAUGGCGAAGCGGCGUUGCGACUCCCGCGCCUCCAGCACCUCCCCCUGAUGAUGAGGGCGGAGGGAGGUUGGCAAGAUGGUUCAGCAUGCGAAGAGGAUCAACCCAUCAAUAUGACAUGCAUUCGCACGAAUCUGAUAAAAUUCCGAAAUUGCCUGCGUUGGAAGAAGAGCUCCUGUCAUGUCUGGGGGAAGUCAGGAGUACGAGAGUACCGCCGCCGUCGCUGGGGGCUCCGCCGGACUCCCUCAGCUCAGUUCAGAUGCGCAGGCGGCAUGUCGUCGCCGCCAUCAUUCACAGCGAGAACUCUUACGUCGCGACGCUGCAACGACUGGUUAAUGACUACAAGAAACCGCUAGAAGAGAGCAGCCCCGCGAUCCUGAACGCCAGCAAGAUCCAGACUUUGUUCCAUCGGCUACCAGACAUACUACAAUGCCACCUGCACUUCCGCACCGCGCUCGCAGAUUGCGCCAGGACGUGGGACCGCGAUGAAAAAAUUGGCGAGGUCUUCUUAAACGCAUUCUCGAAAGCAGUGGUGCUGGACGUGUACUCAGAUUUCAUCAACAACUUCUCAAUGGCCAUGGAACUAGCAAAGAUGGAGUCGAAGAGGAAAUCGGCGCUCGCGGACUUCUUCAAAGUCAAGCAGAUCAGCGCCAACGACAGAUUGUCCUUCUUCGGCCUGAUGGUGAAGCCUGUGCAGAGGUUUCCGCAGUUCAUCAUGUUUUUACAGGAUCUUCUAAAACACACUCCACCUGGUCACGCCGACCGUGUCGCCUUGCAGCGAGCAUUGACAAGGUUGGAGGCCCUGGCCGAAGCGCUGAACGAAAGGAAACGCGACGCCGAGAGGACGCAGGCGUUCCGGGCAGCGUUACGUCGCCUGACCCGCGGGGGCGUGGCCGGCGCGGGGGGAGCGGGCGGCGCGGCGAGGUUCGGUGCCGCCAGGCUGCUGGCCUCGAGAGCCGAUAAGAGGCAUCUGUUGCGGCAAGACGACCUACUGCAGUUGGAAUUCAACCAAAUGGGUAGCGUGACGAAAUGCAAGCCGCGCCGACUUCUGCUCCUAAACGAUUUAGUGGUUUGCGUGUCAGUCGGCGGCGGCAGCGGCGGUAGCGGGGAAGACGAGAGGCUCGGGCUCAAAUGGGCGCAUCCCGUGCAGGAUGUGGAAGUCUUGGAUACUGGAACCUCGCCUACGCUUAGCAGGGUGCUAGCUCAAGGCAUGAACCGCAGUGGCAGUCUCCGUUCAAACUCUAGUAGUAACGGGCAACUCAACUCGACUACCGCGGAUUCCCUUUGCAACGAAAUGUCCGCUCUAAUGCACGACUAUGAGACUGUAUCGAGAAUGGCGGACUUGGCUGCUUCACUACGCGCGCCUUACCCGGAGUUAGCACCGGAGACUUUCAAAACGCUGUUGCAAAAUAUCCAGCAAAGUAUUCAGCGAAAAGACGACGAGAUGGCAUGGGUCGACUCAUGCUGCCUCCAACUUACCAUCCGAGGCCGGGAAGAACCCCUCACAUUCCGCGCGAGCGAACCCGGGGCGCGACUCGCGUGGGCUACGGAGCUACGACUGGCGCAACUCGCUACGGCUACGGCCAACACGCCCGCGUGGCGUCUGCCGGCUACGCAACACGCGCCGCCGCACAAGAUGCCACUGUUCGUAGCCGCUACGCCGGUCUACUCUUCCAAGUGUCUUACUGAGAUGCCACUGUUCGUAGCCGCUACGCCGGUCUACUCUUCCAAGUGUCUUACUGAGGUGCGCUGCGGCUGUUUCUACUCGUCAAACGGCAGCUCCCGCGGCGCCACAACGCGUCGGUCUCGUUCGCUGCUGUGGGUGUCGGCCGGCGGCGGCUCCAGCAGCCACGUGGCUGUGCUCACACACCGCGCCGCCAAGCUGAAGACUCUGGUCACUUUGGACCUGCCAGAUACCAAGGUGACUUCAAUGGAAUACGCAAAAGGAGUUCGACAAGUGACCACGCUGUGCGGCGACACAGUGUGGCUCGGCACUGAGGACAAAAAGAUCAUCAUAUUCUCCGGAGUCGAGCCGGAGAAGCAGGAAAAACUGACCGAGGUCCCGACCAUAGCGGCCGUCACACAAAUCAGGUUCCAUUGCGACUCAAUGUUCGUUGGCCUCUCAAACGGAAGAGUCUCAGUCUUCAGGAGGAACCACGACGACUCCUGGGCAUUACAGGAACCCCUAGCCAUAGAAUUAGGAGACAAACCCGUUCAUUGCCUAUUACCAAUUGACGGAAUCAUAUACGCGACGUGCGCCCGGCGAGUCUUCGCCAUUAACGCGCUGACGGCUGAAAUAUUACGGAUCUUAGAACUGAAAGGAGACGAUGACCGCUCCGUUAGAUACUUAGCUCAUUCCGGAGUCGGAUUGUGGACGGCGUUUUCUGAUUCGACGUAUGUCAGCCUGUAUCACGCAGAGACCUUCGAGCAUUUGCAGAAUAUUGACAUCGCCGCCGACGUGGCGAAGACUAUUGGUGCUAGGGAAGGUAGUAAACCCGCCCACGUAUCAGCAUUAUUGGCCGGACAAGGAUUACUAUGGGUAGGCACUACGGCGGGAGUCACUGUGACAGUACCACUGCCCAAGUUAGAAGGGCUGCCCUUAAUCGGAGGACACAUUGCGGUGUCCUAUCAUGCGCACGCGGGACCUGUAACUUUCCUACUGUCGCUGGUACCAGAAUCGAGGGACGUUGACGUGAACGUCGUCAGAAGAAACUUGUCCAACGCCCGCGCGCUCGCUAAUACUAGCACUUUACACGAAUUCAAAGAGGAGGAGAUGAAAGAAGAUAAUGAGAAACCCAAGCUCGAAAGAAGGAUAUCCGAGGAGAACAGUCCCUAUCGACCACAGCGCGUUCAAUCAGCUGUCGUUCGACGGAAGAAACCGGGAGAUGUUCGCUUGAGUAAAACUUUACCGAAAUGCGCGAAUUUGAACGCGUGUGAUGUGUACGGUCUAUUCGGAGAUCUGAUGUUCGUAAAGGACUGUGUAGGAGAAGGGGACGUGAGCGGGUCCGGCGGUGACGCUCUCAGGCGAAGCGAUCCCGAGCUGGCGGCUAUUCCGUUUCGAGUCAGCACGCUGGACCGCAGGAUCCGCAUGCGCGCCGGCCGCCCGCGCAGCCUCGACUUGUCCAGCUGGUCGGUGGACUCCCGCGCCUCCAGCCUGUGCACCUCGUCGGGCAGCGAGGAAUCGAUGGCGCUUCGAGGCGUUUCUAGGAAUAGCUCCGGAGCUUCGGGCGCCGCUUGUCUAGCUCCCGUAGCAGUGUCGACCCCGGACUCUACCUCUAGCAAGUCUACAUCCUCUGAUCGAUCAAUUUCGAGAAGCGAUUCGGCCACGAACAACGAAACUAGACCGCCACCGAAAAGUGCGGCGAGAAGUCUUCGAGGUGCCGAUUAUAUUGUUGGCGAGAGUGCCGCUAGGCGGUCUGUCGUGACAAUAGUAGGAGGACGAGGGUAUGUCGACUGGAGGCAAACCGCUGACGCGGCUGAGAGACCCGCCCCCGCCGCGGAUCCUAACCCCAAAGACGCACAUCUCAUCCUUUGGGAAAUGCGCUUGUGACCUGUGAUUCGCCUUAGUUCGAUUCUAAUGUUAAUACCUAUAUAAGACAAGACGAAUCUCGUGUCGAAUCCGACGACGCUAACUAAUUUGAGACUUGUAAAUUCCAUGUUUAAAGGGCUAUUAUAGAAUUUAAUUAGGUUAUAUAUUGUGCUAAUGUGAAUCAAAUGCCUUAUACUUUGCGACUGUCUUAGAAAUAAUACCAACUUAUUUACAUGAGAAUCAAAAUUUACACAGAGUGUAAAUAUAAUGUGAUAAGCUUUAAAUUAUUUUUGGAGGUUUGUGAUUGGCGUCGACUCUGUUGGCCCGGCGUUCACGAUGGUUUAUUGUAUAGUAUUUAAGUGCUGGUGCAUUAUUUUUGUGAUCAUUUAUAUUGAAAUGUUGUAGUUAUCAAGAUAAUAAAUUUAAGUCAUUGUUGAAAUAACUGUUUCACUCAUUAAAUUGCCGUCAACCGUAUUUCAAAAAAUGCAUAUAAAAUAACCCAUUCAAACAAUUAAAUACGAAUUAAAUAAAUUAAAAUACAAAGCCAUAUUAAUUAAGAAUGUAAAUUAUGGAUUGUGAAAUUUAACGUAAUUUUCAUUAAUUUAAAGUUAUCUUUUUUAUUUAAAAUUAACAACUUAUAUUAACGGUAAUUUUAAAUCGCAACCUAGUGGCCUUAAUUUGCAUAAAUUUCCAGUGUGAUGGUAAUCGUUCGUUUAAGCUUUAUUGUUAGGCAUAAAUUUAAUGUCGCUUUAAGAAUAGACUGAUUUAGCUUAAGCGUUAAAACGUAUUAUUAGUUGAAUUUUAGUGAUAAGACGAAUUAUACGACACGACGAACGAAAAAAAACGGGUUUUGCAUUAUCAAUACGUAAUGUUAUUCUUAAAAUACAAAUAAUUUUGAAAAAAUAUAAAUGUCCAAAAUAUCAAUUUCUCACUUUCAUUCAGUGUACACGAAACUAAUUAUACAUUUUGAGAAACAAUAACACGAAUACUGUUAAUUACCAUAAAUUUGAUUGUUCAAGUGUUUCCCGGUUGUAAACCGUAUUUUAUGGUUGUCUGUUUUGUCACAAAUAUGUUCUUUGUUUUAUAUUUAUACAGUUAUCCGUUACAAAGGUUAUACCAAUCAGGUUAAGCGUCUUUCGCGAACGUUAACCUUAUAUAGCUAUCCUUGUUGCUCGCCCAAUUCAGUAUGGUUUUAUUUUUAUUCUGUCUUGUUUUAUCAUAUUAAAUUUGUAUAAAAACAUUGUCUAAAUCAGAUGUUUUUUUUUAAAUAGCAGGAAGGCUUUCGUUAUAUCCUUAAUGUAUGUUUAAGUUCUUAUGAUUUCUCGGUCAGUAUUCAUUUUCAUCAUGCAAUUCCAAAGAAGGUUAUUUAGCUCUGGCAUUAUUAAUGGAAGUAUAUCGUGGUAAAUUUCAGUUUUACCCACAGAUUUUCAAUGUGCCAAACAGAUACCUACUGUGUUAAAUAUUGUAUAUUGAUUACUAAUUAGUUGUCAGGUUAAUGUGUACAAUUUACUUUUGUAUGUGUAAAUUUUUUUUUGUUAAGUUAUGUAUAAUAUCAGAUUGUUUUACUCCAAUAUUGAAGUGCCCCCGAUUUUUAUUUUCUCGAAUUAGAAACCUAUGUUUUUUAAGUGGUCCCAAAUCUUUAUUUAUACUGAAACGUCACAAUUUGUAUGUACUAUGGUGUAAAUAAAUUUUAAGUUUAUAUGUAUACA